AUGCUGCCGGUUAUGAUUGUUUAUAGUUUGGUGGCAACUGUUCUUGUUUUGAUCAGCGGGUACUCUCAAGCAAUAAUACUUGAUUGUACAUAUGCUGAGAAAAAUAUUUGGCAAAUAAACAAAUUGUACACGUGCACAGGAAGAGUAAUAAUCGUUGGAGAUCUUCAUAUCAUUACACAUGUUUCCAACAAUCAUUUAUCUAAACGUGACAACGGCGAUGUAAAGGGUGUUUCGAUCAGAAAUCAAGAAUUGGACUUUGCUCCACGCAAUCUUGGUGAAUUCUUUCCAAAUCUUGAAUCACUUGAUAUCUCGCAAUCAAAACUUAAAGAAAUUAGACGAGAAGACUUGGAAAAUUUGCCAAACUUAAAGCAACUUCAUCUGAAUAAUAACAACAUUCAGUUUGUUGAGAAGAAUUUGUUUGAAAAUAAUCCACAACUGCAUGCUAUAAGCUUUCUCAACAAUCCAGUGAAACACGUGGCUUACAGUGUUUUCGACAAUCUUUCCGAUCUGAAAAGUUUACGCUUCGAAGGAACCACUUGUAUCAAUUUGGGUUACGAUAAGAACCGAGCUAAAGUGGAAACUUUAAUAUCACAAUUAGCCAAGAAUUGUGCACCAACAUUUGAGAUGACAGAAGCUGAAAUUAUAAACGGCGUUGAACUUCGGAGAAAAGUUUAUCAAUUAAUGGAUGAAAAAGAUAAACAUUUGGAAUGGGAAUUGAUGGAAAUUAAAAGAAAGUUGAAACAGCUGGAAGAAUGG